UCGUUUUUAGAUGUUUUUGUAUGUUUUGUUUAUGUUUUUCUCCAUCACUUGUUUUCUUGUUUUUCCUUUAUGUUUCUCAUGUUGUUCUUAUAUUUUCGUGUUUGUUUUUGUAUUUUAAAUAUUUUUCUUUUAAUGUUUUUGUUCUCAAUUUUUGUACAUGUUUUUGUUUGUUUAUUUCUUCAUUAUUUUUCUUUUCUAAAAUUGUUUGUUUUGUGUUUUUAACUGUUUAA